GAGCGGAAGUAGCUGGGAAAGGGCAAAAGCCUUACUCGUGAUCUCCUGGGUUGCACGCUGCUGGGUUAGUCUUCGCCGCUACGCUCGGCUCGGGCUCGUGUGCACGUUCCCUUUGGGCGUUUUGGCUGUGUGGUCUCUGUGUUCCUUGUCCGGAGCCUGCCAUCUGAAGAGAUUGCCUGGAUGCGGAGUGUGACUUUCCAAAACCACCUUUGUCUUAUGCUGUGUUUGCUGCAACAAUGUUUAAGAGAUUGACUCUUCCAGAACUGCUUUUUGCUAGCAUCCUUGGAAUUGCUUCAGGAGUAUAUAUUUUUCAGCCAGUAUUUGAACAGUAUUCCAGAGAUCAGAAGGAAUUAAAAGAAAAGUUGCAAUUGGCACAAGAAUCAGAAAAGAAGAAGAGUUAAUACUACAUAGAGUUGAACUGUAAUGAUUACUUAAAGUUCCAUUGAAAUUAUAUAUUGACUAUAAUCUAAUAAAAACAGAUAUAUUUUAAAUAUAAAUAAAUCAU